CCCCCUAUUCCUUGCUGCACAAUGCAGGAAGAUAUAUAAAUCCAAAUUGAUUCCUCUUUCUUUCACUCGUUGGUUUCAACAAUUUCAGUUAAAAACACCCUCUCGGCUUCAUUCUUCUUCACCAAUUUGGAUUCCAAUUUCAAUACACAUGUUUCUUCUAUUUAACCCUAAACACAUGAAACCGCUAUUGUUUUCAGAAUAAUACUCGCCUAUCUCACUCCUUACAUUUUUUUUCUUUAUAAAUUUCGAAUCUUUUUUUUUUCUUUUUUUUUUUUAAACUUUUACAAAUCUUUUUUUUUUUUCAUUGUUUGCGGAAUUAACGAUUUUCUUGGGGGAAAGUAGAGAUUUUUAGGAUGAUUAUCCAAAAUUCACAUCAUCUUUUUCUUGAUUCACAAAUGAUUAUUUUAUUUUAUAAUAAAUGAAUUCUUUUUCUGGGUAUUUGUUUAUCCUUUUAGGUUAAUUUUAAUUCAUUGGUGUUUGGUGUUUUGUCAGUCUUGAUUAGGUUGAAUCUUUCAAUUUCAUUUUAUACCCAUUUCAUCAUUUUUUUUUCCUUGAAGAUUUCAUAAAUUUGGGAAUAGGGUUUCUUUCUGAAUCCAUAAUGUCAUCUGGAAUUUUCCCAAUUGCUGACAAUUAAUAGAAUAAAUCAGGAACAUAAUAAUCUGAUCCAGUUUUAUCUCAUGGAAACUAUGAUGAAUGAAGAAGUAGUUAGCGAAUGUGAGCCGGUGGAGAUUAAACGGAUCCUCACGCGUAGAAGCUCAUCUCGAUAUCAACUCUCUGAAAUGGGCCUUGGACCACAAAUUUCUCCUGAGAAGCGAAAGAAGGAUCGAUCUUCAAAGAACGCUCCGAAAUCGGAUGAUCAGAAUCUCGAAUCCUCAGGAAGCCCUCGAAAUCAAAAGAUAACAGCUAGAUGGGAUCCCUCCGAAGCUUGUAAGCCUGAUGUGGAUGAAGCUCCAGUUUUUUAUCCAACUGUCGAAGAGUUCGAAGAUACGCUUGGUUAUCUAUUAAAAAUACGACCGAUGGCGGAACCUUACGGUAUAUGUAGAAUUGUGCCUCCUACUUCGUGGAAACCACCCUGCCCUUUAAGGGAGGAACGAUUUUGGCAAGAAGCUAAAAUUUCGACAAGAAUUCAACAAGUUGACUUGCUUCAAAAUAGGGAGCCAAUGAAGAAACGGAAAGGGCGAAAACGUAAAAGAACGUCUACAAAGAGCGGAGCAAGAAGAAUGAAUUCAGAGUCGAAUGCUUCUUCUGACAAAGACGACAAAUUCGGCUUUCGGUCUGGAUCGGACUUCACCUUUGAGGAAUUUCAAGAUUUUGCUAAUAAAUUCAAGGAGCAUUAUUUCGGGAUGAACGAUGGGGAUGAAGAAAAACAGGGAUCGGGACCCACGAUUGAUGAAAUCGAGGGUGAGUAUUGGAGGAUAAUUGAACAGCCGACAGAUGAAGUCGAGGUAUAUUAUGGAGCUGAUUUGGAAACAGGUGAAUUCGAGAGUGGUUUCCCGAAAACUGUAUCCGUUGAAGAUAAUGAAAUAAAUAAAUAUGUAAAAUCCGGUUGGAAUUUAAAUAAUUUCUCGCGCCUGCCGGGGUCCGUGUUAUCUUUCGAAGGAUGCGAUAUCUCGGGGGUUUUAGUGCCAUGGUUAUACGUUGGCAUGUGCUUCUCUUCGUUCUGUUGGCAUGUUGAAGAUCAUCACCUUUAUUCGGUUAACUAUAUGCAUUGGGGCGAUCCGAAAAUAUGGUACGGGGUACCAGGAAGCCACGCUACCGCAUUGGAAAACGCAAUGAAGAAGCAUCUACCUGAUUUAUUCAAGGAACAACCAGAUUUACUCCAUCAACUUGUUACUCAGCUGUCCCCUACGGUUCUAAAAUCUGAAGGAGUGCCUGUGUAUCGCGCAUCUCAGCAUUCCGGAGAAUUUAUUGUUACGUUUCCAAGGGCAUACCAUGCAGGGUUCAAUUGUGGUUUCAACUGUGCGGAGGCGGUCAAUGUGGCGCCCGUUAAUUGGCUACAACAUGGGCAAGUUGCAGUCGAGCUGUACAGUCAGCAACGACGCAAGACAUCUAUAUCACAUGACAAGUUGCUACUAGCAUCAUCCCGUGAAGCUAUCAUGGCUCUUUCGGAGCUUUCGGAUUUAAAUAAACAGAAUCCCAAGAAUUUAAGAUGGAAACGUGUUUGUGGGAAGGAUGGAAUACUUACCAAUGCUGUUAAGGCAAGAGUUAAGAUGGAGUUAGAAAGAGUUGAGAAUCUCGAAACCGGUUUUCAGUUCCAAAAAAUGGAUAACGAUUUCGAUACAACGAAUGAGAAAGAAUGCUUUUUAUGUUUCUAUGAUCUGCACAUGUCUGCAGCCAGUUGCAAGUGUUCUCCUGAUCGAUUUUCAUGUCUAAAACAUGUGCAUCGUUUGUGUUCAUGCGACUCAGACCAACUUUCUGUCUAUCUCCGGUAUACUUUCGAUGAAUUAACCAUGAUGAUUGAUGCACUGGAAGGACAAUCAGAUGCUAUUAAAAAUUGGGCAACAAAAGUUUUAGAAUUUGAUCAAGAAACGUCAGUUUUUGAGCAAAAGAAAGAAGAAGCUUGCAGUUUGUCACGUGAUCAACAAAUAGAAAUUGCAGCUGUUCAUCCCAAAGAAGAACCUUCUCUGGGACUCGAAUGCUCUAAAGAUUUGAAUCUUAACGGGUUUUCUGCUGAACUUUUAAACAUUGGAUCUAUAGCUUUCGGAAAACUUUGGUGCAAUAAGCAGGCGAUAUUCCCAAAAGGAUACCGAAGCCGAGUAAAAUAUUACAGUUAUCUGAACCCUUCGGUGAUGAGUAGCUACAUAGCAGAAAUUCAUGAUGCCGGGCUUAUUGGACCUCUAUUUAAGGUUUUCUUGGAAGAAUUUCCCGAUGAGAGCUUUGUGGACGUGUCAGCAGAAAAAUGUUGGAAACUUGUGCUGCACAGGCUUAAUCAAGAAAUCGCAAAGCUGGCUAAUCGGGCCUUAAAGCCUCUACAUAGCAUUAAUGGGCUUGAAAUGUUUGGGUUAUCUUCUCCCCCCAUUAUGAAGGCGAUUGAGGCUCUCGAUCCAGAGCAUAGAUGUUUGGAGUACUGGAGCAGCAAAUGCAACCCGAAUAAUAGAGAUUAGAGAUGCUGCUGACUUUUUUAGGCAAGAAAAUGAGGUUGACUUUUGACUUUUUAGUCUUAGUUCUUUUGGUUUCUUAUUAUAGAAAUGAGCAGCAAGUGGUAGAAAAUUGAAGUUA